CCUACCUGUGAUUUUGACAACGCCGGGCGUUUCCAAACACUGCAAGGCUUGAAGAAGUCUGUGUCUUCGUGGAUCGACACCGGCAGCAGAUCCCCAGAGCCCAGCGCGAACAACCUUGGACCUGCAGGAGCACAACAGGACAGUCAACAUGAGCAGAUGUCUGAUUAGCAAGUCGGAGGUGGCCGGGUUCAUCGAGAGGUGUAUGACAGGUGUGGGCACAAAGCCGCAUCAUGCCCGCAGCCUGGCCGAGGUACUGGUGGAGGGAGACCACAGAGGACACUACAGCCAUGGACUCAACAGGAUGGACAUGUAUGUAAAGGACAUCCAGUCAGGAAUCUGUGCCAAGGACGGUGAGCCAGUGGUGGAGAAGGAGAGUGCAGCCACAGCACUGGUGGAUGGGAAAAACCUCCUGGGUCCUGUGGUGGGAAACUUCUGCAUGAAACUGGCCAUUAAGAAGGCAAAAGAAGCUGGCAUUGGCUGGGUGGUGGCACACGGUUCCAACCACUACGGUAUUGCAGGAUACUACUCAAUGCAAGCUCUGAAGGAAAACAUGAUUGGCAUGUCAUUUACCAACACGUCCCCACUGGUGGUUCCCACACGUGGUAAAGAGUGCACUUUGGGCACCAACCCCAUCAGCGUGGCAGCUCCUGCUAAAGACGGAGACAGCUUUGUUCUGGAUAUGGCCACAUCAGCAGUAGCACUUGGAAAGGUGGAGCUCUAUGAACGGCGUGGAGACCCCAUCCCUGAGGGCUGGGGCUGUGAUGCCCAGGGCAAGCUGACCACCGACCCUAAGAGAGUUCUGAGCGGAGGAGGACUGGUGCCCAUCGGCGGCAGUGAAGCCACAGGAGGGUACAAAGGCUACGGUCUGGGAAUGAUGGUGGAGGUGUUCUGUGGUAUCUUGGCUGGUGCCCAGUACAGCAAUCAUGUCCGCACGUGGAAAGUAACGGAUCGGGUUGCCAACCUGGGUCAGUGUUUUGUUGCAAUCAACCCAGAGAACUUUGCUCCCGGGUUUGCCGACAGGAUGUCAGACCUACUGUCCAUCCAGAGAGGGAUGGACCCUGCUGACCCAAGCACACCUGUUUUGGCUGCUGGAGAUCCAGAGAGGAUGAACAUAAAGAAGUGUGAGGAGAUGGGCGGGAUCCCCUACCACAUCAAUGUCGUCAACUACAUGAAUGAAUGUGCCAAGAGAGUUGGUGUCAGCCCACUGCUGCCAUGUACCAAUCUUGUUUCCAAUUAGUUGGUGAAGUCAAGAUUCUCAGCAUUGGAAAUCUGGAACUUCUGCUUAUCUUGAAGUUCACAUUGAGCUACUUAGGAAUGCAACUUUGUUUAGGGACAUUAUACAUACUAUUUUAUUCAUUUUAACCACACUUGUCAGGUGUAAUCAGGUUGUUUGAUGAUCAUCCAAACAGAUGACAGACUAGGACCUCUUCAGAUUAAUAAUCAGCUUUUGGAAAGAAGUCAACCAGAAAAAUAUUUUUGCCUUAUCUCUUUUUGCACAUACAAACUCAACCAGAUGUUGCCUAUAGCACCACCAUGGACUGAGUUCCCUUACAUAUACAGUAUCAGUGGUGGAAGAAGUAUUCAGAUCCUUUACUUAAGUAAAAGUACUAAUACCAUACUUUAAAAAUACUUGGCCCUUUACAAGUAAAAGUCCUGCAUUGCAAAUAUUACUUAAGUAAAAGUACAUAUCAGUAAGUAUCAUCAGGUAAAAGUACUCAAUGCUGAAGAAUUUUAGAAAACUGGAAACAAUCCAAACUGUGUUUAAUAGUGUAAUCUAAUCAUUUCAGCUGGACUUGUAGGCCGUUAUAUUGUUGGGUAGUCUAAUUUAUAAUCAUUCAAGGUUCAAGAUACUUUAUUGUCAUCUUUUAUAAACUACAUUUGUUUUGUGUGAAAAAAUCUUAAUUUGUAAAGUAACUAAAGCUGUUAGCUUUAGUGGAGUAAAAAGUACAAUAUUUCUCUCUGAAAUGUUGUGGAGUAGAAGUAGAAAGUGGCAUGAAAAGAAAAGACUCAAGUAAAGUACAAGUACCUCAACAUUUGUACUUACUUAAGUACAGUACUUGAGUAAAUGUACUUAGCUACAUUCCACCACUGGACAGUAUACUGUCUAUGUAAGGGACCUCACCUUGUAUACAAGUCAUAUUGUAGUUACAACUGUCACAUUAGAUAAACACUUCAACAUCAGUCACUUGAAAUCCAACCCAACAUUAUUUUAAUCUCUUUGUAUAAUAACCAUGACAUUUGUGACAUAUAAAGGAACAUUUUUCUUUCCUUAUUUCAGGGACUCUUUGAAACAUGUUAUUUGUGUCUUGAGAUACUUCAUCCAAAUUGUCUUCAAGAUGCUGUAUCUCUCACAGCGAAAUACGCACAUUUUUUAUAUAAAGCAGCUGUAAGUCGUUGAUUUAUUGCUGAUGGCUGGAUGUUAAUGAGUUAACAGAGUUUGAGUGGUGCCGUUGAAAGAUAAGCUAAAGUCAUUGUGGUUUGUUGUCAUCAAGUGAACAGUUGGGUCAUUACUUGUUGGUGAGCUGCUUUACUUAAAUUUCACUGCAGUUUUGUAACUGUACUUUAAUCUAGAUACUGUAUGACGCACAAAAACAGUU